AUGUGUUGCAAAGGCACCAUAGCUAACAAUAUUUGUGCCAAUCGGGCACAGAUAUGCUGUUUCGGACAACGCGACUGCAAUAAUAAAUACACAAACCCGGGACAGACACAAAACAUGUGCCCAAAUAUUGGCAUCAUUUCACGGUCCGCUUGGAAGGCCAGGAGUCCUAAGACUAAUCUGAAAAAUUGCGAUCCCUUCAGAGNCAUUUCACGGUCCGCUUGGAGGUCCAGGAGUCCUAAGACUAAUCUGAAAAGUUUAGCGCCGGUCGGACACGUAUUCAUACACCACACCGACGAUGGAAAUACAUGUAAUAAUCAAAACGACUGUUCCGUGAGAUUGCGAUCCCUUCAGAGUUACCAUCAGCUGAACAAAGGCUGGACAGACAUCGCCUGGAAUUUCAUUAUUGGUGGUGACGGACAGGUGUAUGAAGGGGUUGGCUGGAAUAAGGAGGGCUUCCACACACUGAAUUGGAACCGGUAUUCACUGGGAAUAGCAUUUGUGGGCAAUUAUAAUGAGGUGGAGCCGAGUGUUGACAUGUUGGACGCAUUGGAGGAAUUAAUUAAAUGUGCUAAAAAUAAAGGCUAUAUUAGACCUGAUUAUCAACUGCAUGGGCACCGGGAUGCACUGACAACCACUGAGUGUCCCGGUGAUGAAUUAUAUACUGAUAUUUCGCAGAUGCCUCACUUUGUACCAGGGCCACUCAAUCAGAUGCCUAAUUAA